AGCUGGAAGCAGGCUCGAGGUAGGUCACGACGCUCCGCGGCCAAGUUUGAGAGGGGCCUAUGGCCAUGAGCAAGCUGGGCGCCCAGAAGACCAGUGAUGGCACUGUUUCUCGGCUGCUCAACGUGGUAGAAAGUGAGCUUCAGGCAGGGAGGGAAAAAGGUGACCCUACGGAGAAGCAGCUUCAGAUCAUCCUGGAGGACGCGCCUCUCUGGCAGAGAUUCAAGGAAGUCACUAACGAAAUGAUCGUGACCAAGAAUGGCAGACGGAUGUUCCCCGUCCUAAAGAUCAGUGUCACGGGCCUGGACCCCAAUGCCAUGUACUCCCUCCUGCUGGACUUCGUCCCAACGGACAGUCACCGCUGGAAGUAUGUCAACGGGGAAUGGGUGCCCGCGGGCAAGCCAGAGGUCUCCAGCCACAGCUGCGUCUACAUCCACCCGGACUCCCCCAACUUUGGGGCCCACUGGAUGAAAGCUCCCAUCUCCUUCAGCAAAGUGAAACUGACAAACAAGCUCAAUGGAGGAGGGCAGAUAAUGUUGAAUUCUCUGCAUAAAUACGAACCUCAGGUUCACAUAGUGCGCGUCGGAGGUGCCCAUCGAAUGGUGAUGAACUGCUCCUUCCCAGAAACCCAGUUCAUAGCCGUGACCGCCUAUCAGAACGAGGAGAUAACAGCUCUCAAAAUCAAGUACAACCCUUUUGCCAAAGCCUUCUUGGAUGCCAAGGAGAGGAAUCACCUAAAAGACAUUCCGGAAGCUGUCUCUGAGAGCCAGCACGUGGCCUAUUCUCACUUGGGAGGCUGGAUCUUUUCCAAUCCUGACGGAGCGUGUGCAGCAGGAAACGCCAGUUACCAGUAUGCGACACCCUUGCCUCUGUCCGCAACCCACACCCACCAUGGCUAUGAGCACUAUCCUGGCCUCCGCGGUCACCGGCAGGCUCCCUAUCCUUCUGCCUACAUGCAUAGAAACCAUUCUCCCUCAGUGAAUUUGAUAGAAAGCUCCAGCAAUAACCUGCAAGUCUUCUCCGGAGCCGACAGCUGGACUUCCUUAUCUUCCACACCCCACACCAGCAUCCUGUCUGUACCCCACACCAGCGGGCCGAUCAAUCCAGGGCCUAGCCCCUACCCGUGCCUGUGGACCAUCAGUAACAGCGGCGGGGGCCCCGCGGGGCCGGGCCCAGACAUGCACGCCAGCUCCCCGGGGACGUUUCUCCUGGGGAGCCCGGCCGUGACUUCGCCCCUCUCUGCCCAGGCACCCGCUUCAGCCGGCGUGGAGGUUCUGGGGGAGCCUUCGCUGACCAGCAUCGCCGUGUCCACCUGGACGGCGGUGGCCUCGCAUCCCUUCUCGGGCUGGGGUGGCCCGGGUGGGGGAGGGCGCCAUUCUCCCUCUUCACUGGAUGGUUAGGCAGGAUCCUAGGGAGGGUGUCGGCGGAGAACCUUCUAUGCGUAGAGCUUUUAGAAACCCCACCUGCGGAUCCCAGGAAGUUAGACCGCGGGGUCGCCUCGCCCAGUGAGCUGGGAGCGGGGGGUGGGUGGCUUACGGGAGAUGAUUUAGUCUGAUGAGGCUCCCUGGUGUCUCUUUACGCUCCCGUUUUUCUCUGCAGCUCAUCUGCGACCCGAUUAGGUAACCAAAGCUCACUGAGCACCUCCCUCGGCCCUGCCCCUCACUUCCAAAUGGUUCCAGAAGGCCCCACUUCCUGUUCUGUCUGAGCUCACCUGGCCUGAGGCUUUCCAGCCUCGUGCCGCCCUGCGAAGCAUCUGUGGCCACCGGGCUUCUGCUCUGAGGCCAAGGGAGGGCGUAAGGCCACCGAGUGACGUGAACGCGCAGAGAGCUAGUCACGGUUUACUCACAGCUCCGUGCCUGGGAUGGAGGAGAUGAGACCGUGACCUUCCCUUGCUCAGAAACCGUCCAUGGCUCCCCGUUGCCUACAGCACGAAGUCUUACCUCCUGGCCGGAAGGACACCGUCGACCGUCGAGCCUCAAGCUUCCCUGCGUGACCCCAUUAGCGUCCUACGUUUCCGUCGAGGUCGACGUUCUGCCUGUUGUCUCAACGUUCUGUGGACUUUGCCACCUCUGUGCCUUCUCGGCGCCUCAGCUGUCCUUCUCGGUUCCGUCCCGCCUCUGGGACUCCCGCCCCUCCCCCCAGGGGGCCGGCUGAGGCGUCACUGCCCACAUCAUACCCCUGAGGUGCCUGGGCACGUGUGAUCCUGCCCCGCCGGUUUUUGCCUCCGUUUUGUGGAGCUCGCCCCAUCCUGCCUUGUGUUUUUGUCACCUGUGAAUGUGUCUCUCUCCCCCUAGACUGUGAACCCCUUGAGGGUGAGGACUAGCCUUCUCGUCUUUGUACCCCACAGCACCCGGUGCCUUGCCUAUAGUAGGUGCCCAAUAAACACU